CCUCCACAGUGCAGUCAGUUCCGACAGGUGCGCCAUCACGCUUCAUCCUCCGGAUACCUGCCGCGUAUCUCCUCAACUCACACAAACAAACAUCUGCAGCGAAAAUGCCAAAGUGCCCAAAGUGCCAGAAGGAAGUUUACUUCGCUGAGAGGGUGACAUCACUGGGCAAGGACUGGCACCGGCCAUGUCUGAAGUGUGAGAAGUGCAGCAAGACGCUGUCGGCAGGCUCACACGCAGAGCAUGAAGGCAAGCCGUACUGUAACAACCCCUGCUACAGCGCCAUGUUCGGACCGAAAGGAUUUGGUCGCGGUGGAACCGAGAGCCACACCUUCACAUAGGUUCAACGUCUCCUGGAAACUAGAUUGAAGAAGCCAGCACGGCUCCCCGAGUCCAGAUAAUAAAAAUAAAAAAACAGGCAAACAAAUCUGUGCUCUCGUUCAGAAGAGAACAUUUUGCGUGCCUUGUGUUUUUUUAUUUUAUUGUUCUUCUGGUUUCUAAAGAUGGCCGUGUCUGUCCUCUGGUCUCUUUUUGUUCUUUAGGACAUUCUGAUUAAACCUUUUUAAAUCUG